GUUUCAUCAGUUUUCCUCACAACCUUUACUGAAGCCCUUAAUAUCAACCAAGAAUGUUUAAGCUGCUGUGCUUCCUAGUCCUGCUCUUUGUAGCCCUUAGUGAUGCGAGCGGAUACGGUGGAGGAGUUGUUAUCCUUGGUGGUAAAGGAUAUGGAGGAUAUGGAGGCAUUGGAAGCAUAGGAUAUGGUGGAUAUGGAGGAUAUGGUGGAUAUGGAGGAUAUGGUGGAUAUGGAGGAUAUGGUGGAUAUGGAGGAUAUGGAGGAUAUGGUGGAUAUGGAGGAUAUGGCGGAUAUGGGGGAAAAGGAUUUGGAGGAGGAUGGGGUGGAAUUGGAGGAUUUGGAGGUUGGGGAGGAAAAGGAGGAUAUGGAGGAUACGGAGGCUAUGGAGGUUAUGGAAAGGACUACUAUUAAAAAUGGAUGGAUGUUUUCACAUUGGCUUUGGUACAUUUUGUUAAUAAAAUAAUUUAUGUAUAACAA